CACACACACACACACACACACACACACACACACACACACACACACACACACAAAGUUAGAACGCACACUUUAUGGAGGUUGAAGCUCCACACUCUAAACCUCAACGUUGGAAUUUGGCUGUCUGAUGCACGGCCUGACUGACGCAACUUCCCCAUCGGUCUGUCUGCACUUUGGAGUCACUAUCAACCCCACCUCAUGUGGACCAUGUCUGAGAACGUUCUGGAAGCCAUCUUCAUCAAACGCUCCCAGCAGAGGAAGAAGACCUCACCCUUAAACUACAAGGAGAGAUGGUUCAUUCUCACGAGGGACAAACUCUCCUACUACGACUACGAUCCCGACAAAGGGAAGCGUAAAGGUUUGCGGGGCUACAUCGACCUGGACCGGAUCAAGUGUGUGGAGACGGUGCAGACGGAGCCCAACUGCCCGCAGGAGCGCAUGCACGCAUUCCAGGUAAUUUACGACGAGGGACCGCUGUACAUCUUUGCAAAGAGCGAGGAAGUCCGGGCUCAGUGGAUAAAGAAGCUGAAAGCAAUGGUGCGGUUCAACAAGGAUCUCAUGCAGAAGUACCACCCUUGCUUUUGGAUAGACGGCAUGUGGCUGUGCUGCCAGCAGGAGGUCAAACAAGCUGUGGGCUGCAAGGUUCUGGAUGGCAAGAACGGCUUCACAUCCAAAACGUCACGGAGGGGAUCCCGCAAACCACUUCCCCCGACCCCGUCUGAGGAGAUGCCUGUGCGCCCAUUACCGCCACAGCCCCACAAGGCCGAGGCCCCCUGCGUGGGUAUGAGCGUCAUAGCUCAGUACAACCACCCUGCCAUGAUGCCGCAAGACCUGGAGCUGAGGGAGGAUGAGGAGUACACCAUCCUGGAGAUGUCUGACCAAAACUGGUGGAGGGCCAGGGACAAAUAUGGGAAUGAAGGUUACAUACCCAGUAAUUAUGUGGUGGAAACUGCAAACGGCUUAGAAAGAUACGAUUGGUUUUGUAAGAACACAAACCGGAGCCAGGCAGAGAAACUACUGAAAACUGAGAAUAAAGAUGGUGGCUUCUUGGUGCGAGACUCAAGCAAGCCAGGGAAGUACACAGUGUCUCUGUUCAGCAAAGGAGGCGGAGAGGCAGGUGGCAUCUGCAAGCAUUACAACAUCUGCACAACAGCGAAAGGACAGUUCUAUUUGGCCGAAAAGCACAAUUACUGCACCAUCCCUGAACUAAUUAACUAUCAUCAGCACAAUGCAGCAGGUAUGUUCAGUAGGCUGAAACACAUCGUCUCCAAUCGGGCGCGGCCUCCAUCAACGGCAGGUCUUGGCUAUGAUAUGUGGGAGCUUGACCCCUCCUGCCUCACCUUCAUUAGGGUCUUGGGCACAGGUCAGUUUGGAGUGGUGCAGUACGGAAAAUGGAAGGGCCAACAUGACGUGGCUAUCAAGAUGAUUAAAGCGGGCUGCAUGUCCGAGGAAGAAUUUAUUGAGGAAGCUAAGAUCAUGAUGAAGCUCCACCACGAGAACCUGGUCCAGCUGUACGGGGUGUGCACCAAGCAAAGCAGCAUAUACAUCGUGACCGAGUUCCUGUCCAACGGCUGCUUGCUCACCUACCUCAGGGAGGGCCUCAGGCAGCACCCCACGUCCGUGCAGCUGCUGGAGAUGUGCAAAGACGUCUCCGAGGGCAUGGCCUACCUGGAGUCCAAGCAAUACAUCCACAGAGAUCUGGCUGCAAGGAACUGCUUGGUGGACGGCAACGGCACAGUCAAAGUGGCUGACUUUGGACUAUCGAGAUACGUCUUAGACGAUGAGUACACAAGCUCGGCCGGUUCUAAAUUCCCAGUCCGGUGGUCUCCUCCCGAGGUUCUCCUCUACUGCCGAUUCAGCAGCAAGUCGGACAUCUGGGCUUACGGGGUUCUCAUGUGGGAGGUGUACACUUUGGGGAGGCUUCCGUACGACCGGCUGAACAACAACGAAAUAGUGGAUCAGGUAUCCCGAGGCCUGCGACUGUACCGUCCUCAAAUGGCGUGCGAAAAAGUCUACAGCAUCAUGUCCAGCUGCUGGCUAGAUAAAGCAGACGAGAGGCCUACCUUUCAGGAGUUGGUGUUCACCGUUCAGGAUUUGCUGUACGAACUCCAGUAGGUCCCAGCAUCCAGGACAUCCAGAAGAAGCCUGGAAAAUUAACAUUUAGAAUGUUUCAAAAGUUAUAUUGUGGUCACAUAUCAUUUAUAUUUUUGUGACUAGAAUGUUGCAUGUUUUGUUGAACUCAAGGGGAAUAUAUUUGACUUAGUGGUUCGACGUGUAAGUUAGCUUUGUAAAUGCAUACCUAAUUGCACAAGUAAAAGCUAAGUGUGUCAGGCUUUUCAAUAAAUGUGUUUAGAAAAAUAA